CAUUCUGCUUCCCCGGAGCCGAAUGAAGCAGGGAGCAGGAUUAGAGUCUGCCACCGGCUAUCAGAGGAGCUUAGAUAAAAGGAACUGCUUCUUAAGCACCACUGCAGCAGACCUUGUUAAUUUUUUUUUUUUUUUUUUUUUUCUUUCCACACAACAGUUUUGCCCCUUUUUCCGGGCGCUGGGCUGGGUUUUUUUUUUUUUUUUUUUUUUUUUUCUUUUUGGAGGGUUUGAAGUUUCUGUGCUUCAGUGACUGUUACAGAAGAAGAGGUGUUAGUGUUGCCAUGAGGUCUUGAUUGUCUGCAUUUAUGAAUGAAACUGACCUAAAUCACCUGUUACCUCCAGUUUCCAGAUUGUUUGAACUUCUCUGGCCGCACAAUACAGGAAGGAAGACUAAAGCAGCAAAGGGACCUACAGCGUCUGCAGCAUGGGCUGGUUAACUAGGAUUGUCUGUCUUUUCUGGGGAGUAUUACUUACAGCAAGAGCAAACUAUCAAAAUGGGAAGAAUAAUGUGCCAAGGCUGAAAUUAUCCUACAAAGAAAUGUUGGAAUCCAACAAUGUGAUCACUUUCAAUGGCUUGGCCAACAGCUCCAGUUAUCAUACCUUCCUUUUGGAUGAGGAACGGAGUAGGCUGUACGUUGGAGCAAAGGAUCACAUAUUUUCAUUCAGCCUGGUUAAUAUCAAGGAUUUUCAAAAGAUUGUGUGGCCAGUAUCUUACACCAGAAGAGAUGAAUGCAAGUGGGCUGGAAAAGACAUCCUGAAAGAAUGUGCUAAUUUCAUCAAGGUACUUAAGGCAUAUAAUCAGACUCACUUGUACGCCUGUGGAACAGGGGCUUUUCAUCCAAUUUGCACCUACAUUGAAAUUGGACAUCAUCCUGAGGACAAUAUUUUUAAGCUGGAGAACUCACAUUUUGAAAACGGCCGUGGGAAGAGUCCAUAUGACCCUAAGCUGCUGACAGCAUCUCUUUUAAUAGAUGGAGAAUUAUACUCUGGAACUGCAGCUGAUUUUAUGGGGCGAGACUUUGCUAUCUUCCGAACUCUUGGGCACCACCACCCAAUCAGGACAGAGCAGCAUGAUUCCAGGUGGCUUAAUGAUCCAAGGUUCAUUAGUGCCCACCUCAUCCCAGAGAGUGACAAUCCUGAAGAUGACAAAGUAUACUUUUUCUUCCGUGAAAAUGCAAUAGAUGGAGAACACUCUGGAAAAGCUACUCAUGCUAGAAUAGGUCAGAUAUGCAAGAAUGACUUUGGAGGGCACAGAAGUCUGGUGAAUAAAUGGACAACAUUCCUCAAAGCUCGUUUGAUUUGCUCAGUGCCAGGUCCAAAUGGCAUUGACACUCAUUUUGAUGAACUGCAGGAUGUAUUCCUAAUGAACUUUAAAGAUCCUAAAAACCCAAUUGUAUAUGGAGUGUUUACGACUUCCAGUAACAUUUUCAAGGGAUCAGCCGUGUGUAUGUACAGCAUGAGUGAUGUGAGAAGGGUGUUCCUUGGUCCGUAUGCCCACAGGGAUGGACCCAACUAUCAGUGGGUGCCUUAUCAAGGAAGAGUCCCCUAUCCACGGCCGGGAACUUGUCCCAGCAAAACAUUUGGUGGUUUUGACUCUACAAAGGACCUUCCUGAUGAUGUUAUAACCUUUGCAAGAAGUCAUCCAGCCAUGUACAAUCCAGUGUUUCCUAUAAACAAUCGCCCAAUAAUGAUCAAAACGGAUGUAAAUUAUCAAUUUACACAAAUUGUAGUAGACCGAGUGGAUGCAGAAGAUGGACAGUAUGAUGUUAUGUUUAUCGGAACAGAUGUUGGGACCGUCCUUAAAGUAGUUUCAAUUCCUAAGGAGACAUGGCAUGAUUUAGAAGAGGUUCUGCUGGAAGAAAUGACAGUUUUUCGGGAACCGACUACUAUUUCAGCAAUGGAGCUUUCCACCAAGCAGCAACAACUAUAUAUUGGUUCAACAGCUGGGGUUGCCCAGCUCGCUUUACACCGGUGUGAUAUUUACGGGAAAGCCUGUGCUGAGUGUUGCCUCGCCCGAGACCCUUACUGUGCUUGGGAUGGUUCUUCAUGCUCUCGCUAUUUUCCCACUGCAAAGAGACGCACAAGACGACAAGAUAUAAGAAAUGGAGACCCACUGACUCACUGUUCCGACUUACAACACCAUGAUAAUCACCAUGGCCACAGCCCUGAAGAGCGAAUCAUCUACGGUGUAGAGAAUAGUAGCACAUUUUUGGAAUGCAGUCCGAAGUCACAGCGAGCACUGGUCUACUGGCAAUUCCAGAGGCGAAAUGAAGAGCGAAAAGAAGAGAUCAGAGUGGAUGAUCAUAUCAUCAGGACAGAUCAAGGCCUUCUGCUGCGUAGUCUACAACGGAAGGAUUCAGGCAAUUACCUCUGCCAUGCGGUGGAACAUGGGUUCAUACAAACUCUUCUUAAGGUGACCCUGGAAGUCAUUGACACAGAGCAUCUGGAAGAACUUCUUCAUAAAGAUGAUGACGGAGACGGCUCUAAGACCAAAGAAAUGUCCAAUAGCAUGACACCUAGCCAGAAGGUCUGGUACAGAGACUUCAUGCAGCUCAUCAACCACCCCAAUCUCAACACGAUGGAUGAGUUCUGUGAACAAGUAUGGAAAAGGGACCGAAAACAACGUCGGCAAAGGCCGGGACAUACCCAAGGGAACAGUAACAAAUGGAAGCACUUACAGGAAAAUAAGAAAGGUAGAAACAGGAGGACCCACGAAUUUGAGAGGGCACCCAGGAGUGUCUGAGCUGCAUUACCUCUAGAAACCUCAAACAAGUGAAACUUGCCUAGACAAUAACUGGAAAAAAAAAAAAAAUGCAAUAUACAUGAACUUUUUUCAUGGCAUUAUGUGGAUGUUUACAAUGGUGGGAAAUUCAACUGAGUUCCACCAAUUAUAAAUUAAAUCCAUGAGUAACUUUCCUAAUAGGCUUUUUUCCCUAAUACCAACGCCUAACAGAGAACACAGGUGAAUGCAGUUGUUCACUUUAGCAGACUUAAUGUUUCCUAUGAGAUUUCACUGUACAGGUUUGUCUUUCUUCUUUGCCUGAGAAAUAAAAAUGUCAUUUGCCAUAUUGCCAUCUAAAGGAGAAAAACUGCAUCAGCAAAGCCAUUGUAUUGAACUAAAAGUUUAAAAUGAACUGCAUGGAUUUACUAAGCUGAUGAAUAUUCCAAAACGUGGUUGGAUUCAAGGAUAUAUUUUGUCUACCGGCCCUCAUGUUUGUAUGUACUUGAGGAGUAAAAUGAGUAAAAUGAUACUGAAUGAAACGUUCUGUGGAAAUAUU